UAGGGAGAACAAGUUAGGCUUGUCGUUUCAUCGAGUGACAACCAAUAAAUUUCCAGUGUUUCGAAACGUCCUUCGAGGGGGGCAUUAUUUGAAUUUCGAAAGCUUAUUACGAUUCUAAAAUAACAAAUUUUUCACAUAUAUGAUAAUUAUUAUUAAGAUAAUCGAACGUCGUAGUAUCGAAAAAAUAUGUACAAUGAAAGGGUUAUAUAAACGAGACUUUUUUCUUAUUCACUUUGAAAAUUUUUCUUUCGUUUGCAUUUACGCAUCCUCCUGUCUAUCAGUAUUAUGGCGUCCUUUACUGUGGUCGGUUGUUCCUCCUAAUCUCUGUAAAUUAAGUGGAAGAAAAACUUACGCUGCUAAAGUUUCUGGUUUAAUGCUUUGGUUGCCAUCAGAAGAUUAAUUAUACGGACAUGCGGGAAGGUAUCGCCCAUUGGCAAUUCAUUAGAGGUAGAAUGGAUUCCACUGAUACAGAUUUAGAAAAGAAAUUUCAUACAGAGCAGAUGGCCUUAAUCGGCAAGAUGCAUAAUAUGCAGUGGCUAAAAAGUAAUUCUCAGUUAUCAGGCCACAUAAAGGCACUUCCAGAUGGAAAAGAAACAGUAAAUAAUACACUCAAAAGUAAAGUAAAUGAAGGAACACAAGAAAAAACUGAAGUUGUCUCAACUAACACUCUUUCAAACAGUCCUGAAUUAAAUAAGAUUGAUUCUAUUUUAAAUAAAGAUAUUAAUGAAAACAAUAAUACUCUAAACAAAGAUACAUCUCAAUCACCUUUAGAAAUUGUUGAUUUUUCUCAAAAAGAUAUGGAGACUGUUUGGAACAAAGAUGUUAAUGUAACUAAUACACUAUUUCCAAAUUCACAAUCUUUGGUAAUGCAAAGACUGGAUGAACAGGAAGUGAUCAAUACGUCUUUGACAGAAGAUAUUGUUACAGUUCAAUUAGAGCAAUUUAGACUUAAUGAAGAGGAAAAUAAUAAAUCUGACAAAUUACAUAAUGAAGCUGAUAGCAAAUGGGAUAAUAGUCAGCAUAAUAUAUCUAACUUACCAAAGUCAGACAGUGAUGUGGAUAAUCAAGUAAACUCAAAGCAGUGUCAUGAUAACAACAAUAAUAAUGAAAAAUCUAAAAGUCAGUCACCAUUGGACACAAAGACAAGUAUACAAAAGACAACUCAAAAAGUUAAUACUAAGAGAUUGAAUGAUCAAAAGAUUAAAAAACAAUCAGGUUCUUUGAAAGAAUCUUGGACUCCUUCGAAACAGACUUCUAAAUCUAAGGAUGACUUAUUAAAUUUAUGUAAUGAUAAUAUAACUUCAACUUCUAUGGAUUCAAAAAAGGUAGCUGUAGGGACAACUCCUAAGCUUAAUGAUAAAUAUAGCAAAGUCAAUAGUUACAAUAAAAAUCUAAUCAUGGGAAAAGGAGCACGAAUGAAGGAGCAACAGUUUUUUAAACAACAUUUUUCUACAUUUAAUGAUAGUGGUAAUAAAAGCACAUCCAUAGAGGGAUUAGAUGAGAAAAGUAGAUCUGUUGCAACAAAAUUAAAACCAAGUAAAAAUGAAUCAGACAAAAAAAAUAAUGAAAUAGAUGACAUAAAAAAAUGUCAUAAGAUUCAUGUAACACGUACUCAAUCAUAUAAUGUCCACUAUAAUAGAAAUAAAUCUUUAAUAAAGUCACAGCAACGAUAUUCAAAAAAUGCAACUAAGCCAGAAGAAAAUGGUUAUAUUAAUAAUUCAACUGGCUUUAAUAACAGUAUUAACGUGUCUAAUUCAGCUGAGAACGUAUCAAGAAAGAAGUGCGAAACUCAACAACCUUUAGUAAGUAAACAAAUUAGCAGUAUACAAUCCAAUCAGAAUGUUUCUGGAAAAGGUACAAAGAAUUCAGGUAUUACAGAAUGCAAUAUAAAUGAAAGAAGUUUAACAAAGACAAAUUCAGUAUCAAACAAACGAAGUUACUCAAAUUUAACUAAUGCAAAGAACAACAACGAAAGAAAUAUUAAAGAUGAUCAAGCAUACAAUCAGAAAUUUAAAAAAGAUUCUAAUAUUUAUAGGCGAUCUUCCGGUAUAUUUCAGACGCUUAUCAAGGAUGUAAAUGGGAAAAUGAAAACAGAUGAUCAUAAAAGGAGUAUUACAGAUAAUAACUUAACAAAAGAUUAUAGAGUAAAUCGUAUUAAUUCAGCAGAUACAAAGAUGCGUUCUCAAUCUGAAGGCUCAAAGAUAACUGUAUACUCACAUAAGUCAAGUAACGGUGCUAGUAAUAUAAAGACUGAUGCAUUAGAUUCACCUGCUAUAAAUAAUGUACAGUCUAUAAAAUCAUUAAAUUGUUUUCCAAGUAGUACCAAAGAUUGCACAAGUAUAUAUACGUCAUGUCAUACACCACAAGAAUCACAGAUUUCACAGGCUUCUUGUAAUGAAACUGAAGUACAAUUUGUGAAGACUGAACAAGAAGAUACUAGUAAUAAUAAUAGCAAUAAUAAAACAAGUACUAGUAAUUCAGAAACGAAAUCAGUUAAAUUUUUAGAUAACAUUCAGGAAUUUAAUAUGGCACAUCAUUCUGUAACAUCAUAUUCUGAUAAUUCUAUGCAUCAAAGCAAACCUCCGGCAAAUUCAUUUUAUUCUGAUUUACAAAAUACACCACAUACAAAUAAUGCUCAACAAAUUGAAAACCACCAAAAUGUACAAAAUAGGAGUUAUUUCGAUAAUAAUAAUGCUCAAUAUAAUAAUACAACCACCAGCAGUCAAAGUAACGAACGAGAUUUACAUCUUAUGGAUUUAGUACAUCAAAAACCAGAACAAACAUCGCAUAUGUCACCACAAAGCAUAUUGCCACAGAAUAAUUCUAAUCCAGCUAUCGCUAUGGGAAAUGGGUUGUCCUAUCAGAAUAUGCCUGCUGUCUAUCUAAAUCAGUAUAAUAAUGCACAAACUGUACCAAGAAAAACAGCUGACAGUACAAUCAUCCCUCAAAAUAUAUUAAUUCCAAGUACCUCUUCUUACAGUAUAGAAAACCAAAACAUGUUGCAAACCGACCCUUCUAAUAUUCUGAUGCAUAAUACUCAAACGUCAGUUCUACCACCAUCAGGUUUUCAUAAUCAUCCUAUAACUACACAGCAUAAUCAGUGGAAUUUGCCUCUUCCAGAUAUGUUUCUUUUUGGAAAUGUGAUAAAUCCCGCCCAUUCUUUGAACAUCCCAAUUCAGAAUUCCAGACACAUGUGCAACGCGGAUUUCAACAACAUCCAACAGAGUUACUUGCAACAUCCGUUAUUUUACGUUCCACCAAUGUGUAUGCAAAGCUGGAAUCCAAUGAUGCAGUAUCCAGCACGAUUAUUCCAAAAUCCACCAUACAGCAAUUGCACCACAUUUCCAAAUCAAGCAUUACCACCGAACAAUUUGACGGAUUCUAUGAAUUGUCCUGUACCGACGUCGGUGCAGAACAACUUAUAUAAACAUUUCCAGCCGAUGCAACCUCUGGAAAAUGCUCCGAGCUUUUCUGUCCCUGUAAAACUUGACAAUUAUAUGCAAGGUUGUAAAACGAACAGUGUUAGAAUGAAGGCUAAUACUGUGGAUGUUCACAUGAGAGCUAGUCAAUAUCGAGCACCUGUGCCAAAUGAGUAUCAAAAUUGUUCUCAAGAUAGUCAGCUGAUGGUACCGUUCUCAUACGCAGUUACAAUGGAUCCUAUUGCGAAGAAUGGUGCGUCGAAUAUGCACAUGCAGGUGAAUCAGAAAUACGAGCCACGCGCUUUUAAUUCUACCAGUUAUCAAAGAAUUCCAGAGAGCUGUCCUAUGUACCACAAUAAUCAGGACUCUAACAACAGGAAGGAUGACGUAUCGAACAAUAAUUCCGAAUGUAUACCACCUAUGGUAUCACCAAAAGAAUGUAUGUAUUACGGAAUUAAUUAUUCGCGGAAGACUGAUACUAUGCAAAAUUCAUCCAUACAGUCGGAUAUAAAAUCCGCAACUUACAACAUGCACGCUGUUAACGCGCAGCAUUACAUCCCUCAUUUUCAAAAGAAUACGACUUACCACGCAUCUUCAAAAGAGCUUUCAACCAGGCUAAACACGGGACGUAACAUGCGCAAAACAAUGGAUCAGUAAGCCUAGAAAAACAGUGAACAGUACCAUGCAUAUACACUUAUUUCUUGUUUUCGAUAGAUAAUUACAGUUAUGCGGUACAAAAAAGGCGGUUGCACAUUUACCUUACGAUUUUUCAUCUGUUUGUAUCAUCGUUAUCUUUAUAUAUGUAUAUGUAUGUACAUGUAUGUAUAUCGUACAAGUCAGUUUUUUAAUUAAUCUAGAUAUAAUAUCACAUACAUCGUAUUAGAUGUCACGCACUAUUAGAAGAUAGUUUUCAAAGUUGAGAAGCUUUAAAAAGAAGUUUAUAUGAUACUGCCAUUUGUUGGAAAUAUUACGCGAUAGUUCAUCUUGUUUCCUAACGUAACAGUGUGAAAGUAGCAAAUCUAUUUUCUAGAUUUCCUUCAGAUAUUUAUAUCCACCAUGAUUAUUAGACAUUGAUGUUACUCGUUACUUGGAUUCUAUGUACUUUUAAAACAAUAAUCAAGCGCUUGUUACGAGACGUUUCACGUCGUGCAAUUGGCGCGAUACACGAUGUGUAAUUAGAUGCAAAUUUUCAAAAUAUUUUUUAAGUUCCUACUAUCGAAAGUAUUAUAACGAUUUAGGGUUUAGUUCGCAUUACAAAUAUUUCCGUUCUUUCCUUUUCUUCUUGAAUUCGAUUCCUUAGUAGGUACAUGUGAUAUCGUUACGAUGAUAAUUUAUGCUCUAAUCGGUUACAGUGUUAAAUAAUUUCAUUUUUACGACCUAAUAUCGGCAAAUAAUUUUGUUUACUUCAUUGUUUCUUUCUGUGUUAUUUGGAGGCAAAGAGUUUUAUAAUAUAUAUAUAUUUUUGUUUAAAUAUUGCUUAUAUUGUUAAGAAAUAUCAUAUAGUUUAUUUUUCGAGGACUUACAAGUUUUUACAAAAUAAAACGUAAACUUGCCAUAUUUGGUAGAUGUUAUAUAUAUAUAUAUAAAUAUAUUAUAAUCCCUCGACAUAUUCUGAUAUGCAUUUAUAACCACAGUAUUAUUCUUUCAUCUGUAUUAUGAAAUGCACGUGUCAAUAGAAUCUCUUUGAAAUAGAUAAAAUAAAGUAAUUUCUGAUGAAUUAUAUCAUUGCUGGUCGAUUCGUAUAUCUUUAUAAAAAGUUAAAAAAAAAAAAACUUGCGAAUUAUCUUACGGUUCAUAUAUACAUCAUAAACAUACGUUAAUGUUCAUUACGAUUUUAUACGAUAUCGUUGAUAGUCUCACAAUUCAAUUUCAAUAUUAUAUUAUAUAUAUAUAUAUAUAUUAAAAAAACAAAAAAGGAACAAAAAAAGAGGAGUCUGUAGAAAUUCCAAAUAUUUUGUUGAAGAUUCAAUUAUCGGUAUCUCUAUUUAAUUUUCAUGCCUUAAAUUUAGAGUUCGUUUCAAAGCUUCGUACUCGUUAGUUCACAUCUCGUGGCACUGAUAGUUAUCCCAUUCGACAUAUCUAUUACUUCUGCACCAAUUUCUUUAGCUACUUUGGUCGUACUCAAUUCUUUCAAAAUAGCUACGAGCUCGGCAUCGGUAUUGACCACAUCGAUCGUUUCUUUGGAGAGCGAUUGGAUACUUUGUACGAUUUCCUUGGACGGUCGUAGCAUUAUCAAGAAAUGAUUCUGUUCCUUAAAGUCUCUCACUACCAUAUUUAAUCCCUGUAAAUGUUAUAAAUCGAGGAAUUUGAACAAAUUAACGAAUUGUGUUCAAAUCUGUCCUAGAUCUUACAUCUUUGAGCGAUUGUUGAGCAAUCGAGUUAUAUCUUUUCUCCAUUAUCAUCGUAAUAUAAAAAUCUCUGCUAUUUUCUCUGUAAACACGAUUAAGAAAAAAGAAGAAAAAUAUCUUUUUGUAACAAGGAUGUGAAAGAAACGGGGGAAGGAGGCUCGAAGAAGUAAAAUCCAGGCCAAAUUCGUAAUCCGCUAUUUCAGAUAAUUACACUUACAUGCGCCGCAGUGAAAUCAAUUUUAUCGAUGUGCUUGCAAUCUAGUACGACGAUUUUCGUGUUCUUGAAGUUUUUCAGUAAUUUAUGAUGAUCAUUAGCUAAGUUCUCUAACAGGUAUAUCCUCAGGUAAUCCACCGCUGGGAACAGCAACCCGGCGCUGGGACGCACGAGGAUGUAAUUUAACGUAGGAGUCUGCGGUGAGAAAAAAAAUAAAAUGGGGAUAUUUUUAAAACAAUAGCAAUCUCUUUAUCAAGUCUUUGUCUAUCAUUGUUAUGUACUUACAUUUCUGUAUUCGAUAUAUAUUGUCGGCCUGGCGUUGAAAUAAAUUAAUAUUGCCAGAUCAA